CUUGGAUCUCGACCUCACAGGCUAAAUCUUGCUCAGCCCUUUAUGAGUGGGAUCAUCUUUCGGAAGAUCUGUUGAGAUGUUUUCGAUCUGCGAAGAUAAACACUAAUAAGAUGAUUUUAAAGCUUAGUUCAAGACUCUGAACUUACCACGAAAGUCUACGAUAGUAUAGUGUCUUCUUUCACCUCGGAAGAACCGAACUGCAUCCUGCAACCUCCCUCGCCCCCAGAUCAAUUCCCCGCUUCAAGCUUGGUGACCCACGUCAUGGUCUGCAACCAUGAACACCCGCCAAGUUAUUGACGAGUCUAUUGGGCCGUAUUCGCUGUCUGCGGCCUUCAACAAUGAUAGUAGUUGCUUCUCAGUGGGUUUGAACUCCGGGUUUUGUGUGUUCAAUGCCAAUCCGUGCGACCUCAAGGUUUCUCGAGAUUUCAAUGCAGGAAUCGGCCUUGUUGAAAUGCUCGGCCAGUCGAACUAUCUCGCGAUUGUCGGCGGAGGACGAAACCCCAAAUUUCCCCAAAACAAACUUGUCAUCUGGGAUGACGCAAAGCAAAAAGCCGCCAUGACCCUCGAAUUCCGUACCUCCGUUCUCGGGGUUCGCCUUUCCAAAUCCAGAAUCGUGGUUGCGCUCUUGAAUAGCAUCCAUGUAUUCGCAUUCUCAACACCCCCACAGAAGCUAUCCGUAUUCGAGACUUCGGAUAACCCGCUGGGACUGGCCUGUCUGGGCCAGAAGCUGCUUGCUUUCCCAGGCCGGUCCCCGGGACAGGUGCAAGUCGUCGAGCUGGAGACGGGCAAUAUCAGCAUCAUACCGGCACAUAGCUCUCCUCUGCGCGCCAUGACAUUGAGUCCUGAUGGGGAAGUGCUUGCAACUGCCAGCGAAGCGGGAACAUUGAUUCGUGUGUUCUCUACAGGGAAUUGUACGAAGCUGGCAGAACUGCGCCGAGGUGUAGACCAUGCGGUGAUAUUUUCUCUUUCAUUCUCUCCCUCCAAUACACUGCUUGCAGUAACUUCCGACAAAUCAACACUUCACAUCUUCGAUAUACCCCACCCUCAUCUCGCCCACCAGAGCCAGUCUCCCGCUUCAGUAACUGAGGAGGGGACGAAUCAGAAAUGGGGUAUCCUCGGCAGACUGCCUCUGCUACCGCGAGUAUUCUCUGAUGUAUAUUCAUUUGCUAGUGCGCAUUUUGAGAUUGGCGAUGAGGCAACACCGGGGUCACCCUAUGCGACACCGAUGGGCACAUCAAUGGGGCGCCCUCCCAAAGGUGUCAUUGGGUGGAUGGAUAAUCGAACUCUUUUGGUGAUUGGAUCUGGCCAGGAUGGACGUUGGGAGAAGUUCAUUCUGCGGGAUGGUGAUGACGGAAAGCGGUAUUGCAUGCGCGACGGUUGGAAACGAUAUCUGGGGGGCUGAAAAUGUCCAAGGAUCCAAUGCUGUGAAUAUAUGCGAUUACCCACACGUAGGCAUAGAAUCAAGGACGAAAGCCUUGAGGAUUUGAUACCACUGCUGGGCGGUGGCUUGGCCUGUCCGAGCUAGAUACAGUGGACUGCGAGGAUUGGACCAGUUCGUGUAGAUAUCACAAAGUUUUUUGUAUAUGGAGUCUCGUUCGUGAUCGGUCAUAAAACGAGCAUAGACAGGGCGUAUGAGAACUCUUCAGCGGCGACGAUCAUGUCGGUCUCGAUCACUGCGAUGUCUUCGUGCGCCUGGCGAGCGCGAUCGCUCAGUUGAACGGUCUCUCCUAGGCCGUUCUCCCCUCUCUGCCAACCGAUCCCUCCGAGGAUAUUCUUCCCGCUCUGGGGAGCGGUCCCUUCUCGACCUCUCCUCGCGAUCUGCCGACCGCCGCCGCGAUUUCUUCUCUCUGUCGGGGGACCGGUCAUCACGGCGUCUGCGUUCCGUGGAACGAGAGCGAUGGCGGCGAUGGUGUCGAUUGGAUCGUUCUCUGCUAUCUCCUCGUCUUCUGGAAGACUUUUUGCUGUUCUGAUACUUGGCUAGCGCAAGUGCAACCUCUUCCUUCUUCUCUUCGAUAAGGAACUCCUUCAUUGGAUCCUCCUCGUCGUGGUUCUGAAUGAGCUCCUGGAGCUCCUUCUCCUCCUUCAGCAUGGGUCGGCGCUCCUCUCUAUCGGCAUCGCUAUGCUGUCUCCUGCGAUCACGUCGACCAUCGUCGCCAUCCUUCUUGCUCUCAGUGAUAGUCGCGUCACCCAUCAGUCUUGCGACAUUGUCUCCUUCUUCCUCAUCGUCACGGCGCUUGUAUCGGGUGUGAUCCACACGCAACAUCCUUCCUAGAACUGUUGCGCCUCCCAGGUUAUCGACUGCAAGGUCUGUGCUGCGCUGGUCCUCAUAUUUCAGGAACGCAAAGCCUCGGCUCUUGCCCGUUUCCUUGUCGCGAAGCAGGUUGAUAUGGACCGGCUCUCCAUACUGAGAAAAUAUCGUGACAAUAUCACCUUCAGAGAGAUCUAGUGGAAGCCCGCCGAUGUAAAUAUACGCGGUGUCGCGGUAGUCUGCAUGCCAUGACGCCUCGGGUGGUCUAGACAAAGCGCGACAGAGUUAGUUCCGGGGCCACAAGGAAAACCGUAAAGCAUCAUGACAAGCUGCAGCUUACACCGCACUUUCAAGCUCGCGCUUAUUGAGCGCCUGAGUCUGGCGAAUGGCGUUCAUAGUGGGCCGUGGGGAG